AUGAGAUAUUUUCAAUGUUCAAAUGAUGUUUGUACAUUUCAUCAAGUAAAAUUAGGUAAUGGUCAAAAUAAAACAAAAACAUUAUGUCAAUUAAUCGAUGAAAUUAAUCAAACAAAUUUUGGAAUAGAUAUACUUAAAAUUGAUAUUGAAUAUGAAGUUCAAUUUGAUCGUGAUCGAACAAUUGAAAUAAAUGCUUUAUUUUAUUUAUUUAAUUCUCAAAAUUAUAUUAUUUAUCAUCGAGAACUUAAUCCAAAUUUUCCAUAUUAUGCUUCUGAAUAUGUUUUUCUUAAAUUAAAUAGAACAUUUUUAGUCAUUAAUUUAAAUGUAUACUUUCGUUUUCGAAUCAUAUUACAUAAUAUAACUCGUGCUCAGGCUCUAUGA